CGGGCUCCUUCCUGCCGCGGGCUGCGCCGCUCCGCCCUCUCCAAGAUGGCAGCCGUCGGUGUAAACAAGGUCGGGGCCGGUGCCGGGAUGGAGGGCAGCCGGGGAUCCGGCGGUGGCGGCGGCCGCGGCCCCGGCCCGGCUGGCGCCGCAGUGAAGGUUCUUGAGUGUGGAGUCUGUGAAGAUGUAUUUUCUUUGCAAGGUGACAAAGUUCCCCGGCUGCUUUUGUGUGGCCAUACUGUCUGCCAUGACUGUCUUACCCGGCUCCCCCUUCAUGGCAGAGCAGUUCGUUGUCCUUUUGAUCGACAAGUUACUGAACUAGGAGAUUCUGGUGUCUGGGGCUUGAAAAAGAAUUUUGCUUUGUUGGAGCUCUUGGAACGGUUGCAGAAUGGACCUGCUGGGCAGUGUGGGACAUCAGAAGAAGCCAUUGGCCUGUCUGGAGAGAGUAUCAUCCGGUGCGAUGAAGAUGAGGCCCACGUUGCGUCUGUGUAUUGCACCGUCUGUGCCACUCACCUGUGCGCAGACUGCUCCCAGCUUACCCAUUCCACAAAGACACUAGCGAAACACAGGCGUGUUCCUCUUGCUGAUAAGCCUCACGAGAAGACCAUGUGCUCCCAACACCAAGUACAUGCCAUUGAGUUUGUUUGUUUGGAAGAGGGUUGUCAGGCGAGUCCUCUUAUGUGCUGUGUCUGCAAAGAAUACGGGAAGCAUCAAGGUCAUAAGCAUUCUGUCUUGGAACCAGAAGCCAACCAGAUUCGUGCAUCCAUUUUAGACAUGGCCCACUGCAUAAGAACUUUCACAGAAGAAAUCUCAGAUUAUUCCAGAAAAUUAGUUGGAAUUGUUCAGCAUAUAGAAGGAGGAGAACAAAUAGUUGAAGAUGGAGUUGGAAUGGCCCAUACUGAACAUGUACCAGGGACUGCAGAGAACGCUCGCUCAUGUGUCCGAGCCUAUUUUUCUGAUCUUCAUGAAACCCUUUGUCGUCAGGAGGAAAUGGCUCUUAGUGUUGUUGAUGCUCACGUGAGAGAGAAAUUGAUUUGGCUCAGGCAACAGCAAGAAGACAUGACCAUCCUCUUGUCACAGGUUUCAACAGCUUGUCUUCAUUGUGAAAAGACUUUACAACAGGAUGACUGCAGAGUAGUGUUGGCGAAACAGGAAAUUACAAGAUUGCUAGAGACAUUACAGAAACAGCAGCAGCAGUUUACAGAACUUGCAGAUCACGUACAGCUGGAUGCUAGCAUACCUGUCACUUUUACAAAGGACAACAGGGUACAUAUUGGACCAAAAAUGGAAAUCCGUGUUGUCACUCUAGGAUUGGAUGGAGCUGGCAAAACAACUAUAUUGUUUAAAUUAAAGCAAGAUGAGUUCAUGCAGCCAAUUCCAACAAUAGGUUUUAAUGUUGAAACAGUAGAAUACAAGAAUUUGAAGUUUACUAUUUGGGAUGUAGGAGGGAAGCACAAAUUGAGGCCCUUGUGGAAGCAUUAUUAUCUCAAUACACAAGCGGUGGUGUUUGUAGUUGAUAGCAGUCACAGAGACAGGGUCGGUGAAGCACACAGUGAACUUGCAAAAUUACUAACGGAGAAGGAAUUGCGGGAUGCCUUGCUCUUGAUCUUUGCUAAUAAGCAGGAUGUAGCAGGUGCACUUUCAGUGGAAGAAAUCACGGAACUGCUGAGUCUCCACAAGCUCUGCUGUGGCCGUAGCUGGUAUAUUCAGGGUUGUGAUGCCCGAAGUGGUACAGGACUUUAUGAAGGAUUGGACUGGCUUUCAAGGCAGUUAGUGGCUGCUGGUGUCCUGGAUGUGGCUUAAGUUUACAGCAGCUGCAAUUUAAGGAUGUAGUUUACUGUUGUGUUUUGUUUGCACGAUUAGGAUGUUGUAGCCAGGUCUGCUGUCUGAAGAGGGGGUUUUAUUUAACUUGGUGGUUACAGAAAAAUAUAAGCCUUUAUCCUAGAUUGGAUAAUAGGUUCAGUAAACUUGUGCAGUUAAUAGCGGGUUUGAAAUUUGGUAUAUUUACAAGUAAUGGGAUGGGCUAGUUACAGGGGUGCCUUGUAAUUCUUUUUGGUGAAAUUUGAUUGUUAUAAUUUAAAAUUCUUCCCUGAUUAAAAAAAAAAAAAAAGCAUUGGAAUUCAUCUGAUGAUUUUAACAAGGUUACAGUACUUCAUUGGUGUCAGAAAAAGUUUGAAAUACUUUCCCAGGAAAAUAUUCCAAAAAUCCAUCUCAAGUUAUUAGAAUAGCCAGCUCUGUCUAUUAGUCAGAAAGAAAUGGUGCUACUCUUUAAAGAAUGCAUUCAGUUAAAGGUGGCAUUGAAAAUUACAUGCAAAUACACCACAAAAAGUAAAUGUUUCCCCCAUUAUUUGUUGGAUUUCCUGUUGAUUACCAGAAGGCAGCGUAACUUGGCAAAGAAAACUGAGAAUGGGGAACCAGUGUUGCAGGGCUAAGAAUUGGUGGCAUUGUUUAGCUAGUUGUUUUCUAGCUGGGGGGAAGGGUUAGUUGGUUGGUUUUUUUGUUAAUUGCACACAUGCUAAAUUAUUUAUGGACAGACUACAAUGAUAUUGAGGUGAAAGUGUUUCAUGCGUGCUUGGGGACCUAGUCUGCCUUCAGAAAUUAAGCUUAUCCUCAAGAAGUCAAUGAAGGUCAAAAAGAAAAACGACCAUACUUAAAAGAAGUAGUGCAGUGUAAUGUCAAUCCAGCUGUGUACUUCAUGUAGAAGUCAUGUUUCCAGAUUAAGGUAGUGGCCUUAAAAUACUAAAUAACACAAUGUAAAAGCAGUGUACACUAAUUAUAACUUUUACGUAGAAGAGCAGAUGGUAAAAUGUGAUAUAAACCUUCCAUAAUUAGAUUUUCAAUUCUCGCUGUACUUUCUACAUGGAACUGUCACCGAUGCCUCUAUUUUCGAAGAUUACUCAUGCACAAACCCAUGAAAUAUGGGUGUAGCACUGUUUAAAUUUAGAGAAGGUCGCAACGACUUAGUGGUGUCUCUUUUUCUGCUGCUCAUGUAACUCUGCUAACAAUUUUACCUGUCUGAUACGCGCAGCAGAAUCAUCUGGCCUCCUCUUUAAGUGCACACUAUUACCAGUUGAAGAAGCCAUGCCAUGGGCCUCUUCCUGUUGGUAGAGGAGUUACAAAGGGCACGGCCAAUAGCUCGAAACUGCUUAUUGUCACUUUUCUUACUGGAGUAGGGGUGAAUGGGAAGAACCAGAGAGUGGACGUGAGCAGUUGUUUCACAAUGGGUAGGUAUUUUUGCCACUCUGAAAAGUGUCUUUACCUGUGAGAAUUCUGAACCUCACCUGGCAAAGAACAUGUAUCUGUGGCUAUGGCUUUUAUUGAAAUAUUACUGAUUUUAUGUUGUUUUCCCACUACAUACCUUAGGUAAAGCCAAGAAUGUAUAAACAAAUAAUUUAGUACAUUUGCACUUUUCUUCAAGAGGAAGCAGUUAAGGUAGCAGUUAACUACUGCCUCAUAAUGACACUUAUUUGUAGUUUUCUCUUGUUCCUUAAAUUUUAUGUAAAUGGUGUUAAAUGCAGCUUCAGUUUCAGCAAGUCUAAUGACUUGAACAGUAGCUGGAAGAACACUAAGCUUUAAAGUAGUGAAAUGUUUGUGAAAUGGGCUUCAAUGCCUACCUGUGUAUGUAAGUUACUGAGAAAGGGGUAUUUAGUCUUUCUUCAGUCAACCUGAUAGAUUUGGGAACAGUUUACAGCAGAGUGAAGGGUGCUUUCUUGCACCUACCGACUAGAAAUGGUUGGUCCUUCCCAGCCUGUGACGUCUUGCGCGCUGGACAGUCGGCUGCCUGACCUGAGCAUCUGAACUGCAGAGCGGUCCCAGACCUCGUUGAGGCUGACUGUCCCUUCGUAGCUCUCUUUGAAAAAUUUGAACAAGUUCUGCUAAGCAUGGUAGAUACCUUUUCCUAGAAUAUUUUUAACAGAGAAGACAUGUAUUCUUUAGAAAAAUCCCACUUCUGCACUAUUAUUUUAGCUGGCUUAUGCUUCAGUUACACAUGCCUCUCAGUACAGUUCUGCUUUAAAAUGCUCAAGGUGACCAGUUUGGAUUUUUCGUAACAUUACAUUUGAGGGCAGAGUAAAAAGUCUCAUUCGUGCAUAUUUUUGAGUACAAAGGAUUGCUUGUGACACAUGGAAUGCUACCAUAAAAGUGUUUUUAAAUGGAAUUUAUUUAAGAUGACUUGAAGUAACUGUGAAAGUGUUGCAUUUGUCUGUGAACUCUUCAGUGUAAACAGGUACACUAAGAGGUUUAUUUGUAUUAUACAUCAAUACUACAUAUAAACUGCUACUGUUAUAAAUCUAAGCUUGUUUUACUGAACUUUAGGUUUUAGUGUGCUGAAUUAUGCAAUAUGUAAUCGGACUAUUUUCUCAACUAGAACUCACUCAAACAUUACUAACUAUGGGGAUUAUUUGAAAAGACCAAGUAACUUUUCAUAGAAUUUUGACUUAUUUGUGAAAUGGAGUAAAUACAACAUCCAGUGACUGUGUUGUGGCUUUCUUUAAAGAAUCUCAGCUCAAAAAUAGUAUGUCUAGGCUAACUGAAAAAUAAUGUUUUAUCACUUGAUAUGGUCUUACUCUGUGCUACUUUCAAAUUUAUUGUGGACUAUGUGAUACACGAGGGUUUUAUUCUGAAAUAGUCCUUAUUCUUAACUGUUGGAGUAGGUGUGGAUGUUAUGUAAAGAUUUCUUGAAAGAAAGGUCUCUUUUAGUGGAAACAGUUCAUGAGCUGCUGCAGUUUGAGUUGCCCAGAAAAUGAAUUCUUUUCAAUAAAAGUAUCUGAAACUUUGAGAAUUGAUUUUAAUAAACUUGCCUUUUUUUUGU